AUGGCGAGGCUCUUCAACACCGUCUCCUCCUUCGUCUUCUUCGUCGUCGUCCUCCUCCUCCUCAGUGAAGUCUCACUCGCCGCCGCCGCCGCGGACGCCGACGGAGACGGAGACGACGACAACCCCGUGGUCAAGAAGUUGUGCACCGACACGCCCUUCCCGGAGCUCUGCGACUCCAUGAUCACGCGCUACGACCAGAGCAAAGGCGCGAACGAGGAAGGCCUUGUGGGGAUGGCGGCCCUCACCUCCGCCAAGCUCCUUCUUAAUGCGACGGCCACCGCGAGCCCGGCUGUCCAGAGGGACAGCCACCCGGGCCUGAGCAAGGCCGACGAGAUCUGCUUUGAAACCUGCUUCAAGGAGCUGACCAACGCCGCCCAAACACUCGACAAGCUGUGCAUAAGCAAGGUUCAGCUCCCCCAAAUCGACAACUUCAUCAAGUUCAACAAGGAGUCGCAUGUCGAGUGGAAUUGCGAGAGGUGUCGCCAAGGGGAAGCCAAGAACAUAGCCGACGAUGUCUCCAAGGACAACGAGGCCGGGAAGGCCAUGGCUGUCCUGGAGGUGCUCGUCAACAAAGUACUAACCAAAUAA